GCGGAACGCCUGGAACCGCGGGGUGGACUGCAGCAUGGCCGCCCGGCUCGGCGUGAGGCGGUGGGGGGCACGGCCGGCGGCUGCAUGCCGGAGCCCUCUGGUCUCCUGCCGGCGGUGGUCACGCGCCUCAGCAGACAAUGUGUACGACGUGGUGGUGUCCGGCGGAGGCCUGGUGGGCGCUGCCAUGGCCUGUGCCUUGGGAUAUGAUAUUCACUUUCAUGACAAGAAAAUCCUCUUGCUAGAAGCAGGUCCAAAGAAAAAACUGGAGAAAUUGCCAGAAACUUACAGCAACAGGGUCAGCACUAUUUCCCUUGGGUCUGCAACACUUCUGAAUAGUUUUGGUGCUUGGGACCACAUCUGCAACAUGAGAUACAGACCUUUCCGGCGAAUGCAGGUGUGGGAUGCCUGCUCAGAGGCCUUGAUAAUGUUCGAUAAGGAUAAUUUAGAUGACAUGGGCUAUGUAGUGGAGAACGACGUCAUCAUGCAUGCUCUCACUAAACAGUUGGAAGCUGUGUCUGACCGAGUGACAGUUCUCUACAGGAGCAAAGCUGUUGGCUAUGCCUGGCCUGGUCCAUUUUCCAUGGCAGACUCCAGUCCUUGGGUCCAUAUUACCCUAGGUGAUGGCAGCACCCUCCAGACCAAAUUGUUGAUUGGUGCUGAUGGUCACAACUCAGGAGUUCGGCAGGCUGCAGGUAUCCAGAACAUUAGCUGGAACUAUGACCAGUCCGCAGUUGUGGCUACCCUGCAUUUAUCAGAGGCCACAGAAAAUAAUGUAGCCUGGCAGCGAUUUCUUCCCUCUGGUCCUAUUGCUCUGCUCCCGCUUUCAGACACCUUGAGUUCCUUGGUGUGGUCCACAUCCCAUGACCAUGCAGCCAAGCUGGUCAGCAUGGAUGAGGAAGAGUUCGUGGAUGCCAUUAACUCCGCCUUCUGGAGUGAUGCAAACCACACAGACUUCAUCACUUCAGCCGGGACCAUGUUGCAGUAUGCAGUCACCCUUCUGAAGCCCACUAAGGUCUCCGCUCGCCAGUUACCACCAAGUGUAGCCCGGGUGGAUGCCAAAAGCAGAGUUCUCUUUCCUCUGGGGCUGGGCCAUGCUGCUGAGUACGUCCGGCCCCGAGUCGCACUCAUUGGUGAUGCAGCCCACAGAGUCCAUCCACUGGCAGGACAAGGUGUUAACAUGGGCUUUGGGGAUAUCUCCAGCUUGGUCUGUCAUCUUAGUGCUGCAGCCUUCAAUGGGAAAGACUUAGGCUCCAUGAGCCACCUCACAAGUUACGAGACAGAGAGGCAGCGUCACAACACUGCUCUUUUGGCUGCUACAGACUUCCUAAAGAGGCUUUACUCUACCAGUGCCAUACCAUUGGUGCUGCUCAGGACCUGGGGCUUACAGGCCACUAAUGCAGUGUCUCCUCUCAAAGAACAGAUUAUGGCCUUUGCUAGCAAGUGAGUGUUCCUCUUCAGGACUCUAACCUGAUGGAAAAAGAACAUCCUGCCCUGUGAUCUUAUUUCUAUGAUUUAAUUUAAUAAAUUGAUACCACAA